CAUACUAACUAACCAUUCAGUACAAGUGUUAAUGUCCUUUCCACAAGAUUUUGUCGAGUUUAGACUAUGGCUAGCUCCAACAAUUUGUGCUGCUUGUUCCUAUUGUCUGUCCUCCUUCAUACAUCACUUGGAGCUGGUGAUGAACUUAUCAUGGACAUCAAUCCCAAUGCUCCAAACACCAGAGGAAGCAGAUUUGCUCUUGCCUUCAUGCAGAAUCACGCACGAACUGCAGCCGUCACUGAACAACAAAUCGGUCUUUUCCUCACCACUGAACAGGAGAGCUCACGUUUCACCUUAGAGACACGAUGGCCGGGAGUGAUUGGAGCAGGAUUCACUGAGACCUCUCCUGGAUCUGGGCUAUGGUCCCGCAUGGAAAUCGCUCGAAGAGGAGAAUUCACUUUCAUUAAUCUGCCGGCAGGAAGUGGUGGCCAACCAGACAUAGCCGUGCAAAACAAUGGAGAAAUCGAUGAAGCUGAAAGACAAAAGGGAUUGUUUAUAACAGCAGAAAAUGCAAACGAUGAGCUCACUAUAUAUGUGCUUAGUGAUGAAUUGGUUUCCACUGAUGCGUACAUGGCUAUCAACUGUGUCGAGUUUCCAGGUGCGACAUAUUACAAGUACUUCAUCUUUUCAUCUGAUAUAUUCGGUGGAGAAAGAUUUGAGAGUCGAUUUCUCUUUACUCCUUGUCGAGAUGACACUACUGUCAGUGUACAAGCCUCCCAAAUCCAAACCCAUCCCGCUUGGGUGCUACCGAGUUCUGGCAACCCAAGUGCUCGAGUCGAAGCAACUUAUGGGAGGGCUUUCAAUCGUUUUGAUACUGUGAUGAUCAGCAAUCUUGACGAUCUUACUGGCUCUAUCAUCACUUCUGACAAGCCAUUGGCUGUAUUUUCUGGGCAUCAAUGUGGAACUCCUACUGAUGACGGAACUUGCGACUAUCUUGUAGAACAAUUGCCACCUCAUCCAACAUACGGUGACCUGUUUUUCAUGGCUCCCUUUGCUGUCAGACAAAGCGGUGAACUGUACAGAAUUGGAUCCCUUGGGGCUGGAGCACAAGUAACAAUCAAUUGUGAGUGUGCAGCAAGUUCAGCUGAUGGGAAUAAUCGAGUUGGACUGGUUAGCGCUGGAAAUAGUGUUUACACGGCCACAGUGGGUGCAGGACAAUACGCUGAGUGCCAGACACCUCAGAGUGCUCAGACCUAUUGUUGUGUUACGUCCUCUCAACCCGUUACUAUGGCUGCUUUCACACUUGGAAACUUGAUUGACAACCUUCAAAACAUUCCGGAUCCACCACUUCCUUUUAAUCCAAUUGGAGAUCCAGCCCUCGUUUACAUACCACCAGCUAGCUCUUAUUUGAAUAGUUAUAGUCUCAGUACAGCCAAUAAUUUGACUACUCAGUUCCAGGGAUUUCUAAGCUACAUCUUGCCCACUCGCAUCUUCGAUAAUUCCCUACAAGAUCGGCAGAGGUUUCGUGUAAAUGGAGAAACAUACAUUCCCGACCAAUACGAAGCCAUCAACUGUUUAGUGGAUGGUUCAAAUGAGGUGUGUGCUUACGGAGCUACCAGAUUUUUGGGCGUAGGUAAUUUUGACAUUUCUUACGACAACAUUGAAGGUGGAGCAUUUUGGGGAUUUGCAUAUGGCUACGCUCGAGAGGUUUCAUUUGCUUAUCCUUUGCCUUUUGAAAUGGAGCCAGUUGGACUGGCCUGGAUUCGAGCAGUGGAUCAAGUUGUACUGGAAACUGUUGGAACGGUUGAUCUCAUGUUUAGUAUCACCCGUGGUGAUCAGUCAGACCGUAGUAGAGCAUUUGCUGAGACUCAAGACCUCUCAGCCAUAGAAGGCUCUGAUUAUAAUGAUCCUCUGCCACAAAGAAACGGUGGGCCCGAACAAAAUGGCAACCUGCGAUGGGGCAGAGGUGCUAUGACCCCUAACAUUCCAUACGUAGUCACUAUUUUGGAUGAUGACACUCCAGAGCCAGUGGAAGUGGUGGAGGUGAUUGUGCAGUGUGUUGCAGGAGAGAACUGCUACCUGCCCAGAACUCGGUACACCAUAACCAUUAUUGAUGACCAAGGUGCCUGUCUUGACCUACCUGCUUUCUCUGGUGGCUCCAUCUCAUACGACUUUAGGAUUUUCACAGAGAUUAAUGGUCGACCAUACGGAACAGUUGCCACGUAUGAGUGUGAUAAUGAAACUUUAUUAGGAGAAGCUACAAGGACUUGUGAGAAUGGAGUGUGGUCAGGAAGUGUACCAAACUGUGGGAUGGUGUCUGAAUGUCCGACACUGGCACCUAUUCCAAACGGAGCAAUUACAUAUGAUCCCGAUAUGACCGCUCCUUUUGAAGUGGAUACAGUGGCUACUCAUAGAUGUGAUGAUGGUUUCAUUCUAGUGGUCGGAUCUGAGACUCGAGUGUGUUUCAACACAGGGAUAUGGUCUGGCCUGAUUCCUGUGUGCGGAGCAAAGCUAUGUCCAGAACUGGCACCCAUUUCAAACGGAGCUAUUACAUAUGGUCCUGAUAUGACCGCUCCUUUCGAAGUGGAUACAGUGGCCACUCAUAGCUGUAAUGAUGGUUUCAUUCUGGGUGUCGGAUCUGAGACUCGAAUGUGUUUAAAUACAGGGAUAUGGUCUGGCCUGAUUCCUGUGUGCCGAGCAAAGCUAUGUCCAGCACUGGAACCCAUUUCAAACGGAGCUAUUAUAUAUGGUCCUGAUUUUACUCCUGAUUUUGAUAUUGGAACUAGGGCUACAUAUAGCUGUAAUCCUGGUUUCUUUCUGGUCGGAAUUGCAACUCGAACGUGCUUAAUCUCAAGUACUUGGCUGGUCAGCCUCCUGUGUGCCAACACGCAUCAGGGGCGUAGCCAGACUUUUGACACAGGGGUUUCCUUUGAAAAACUAGCGGCGCGGUAG